AUGCCGCGGCUCACAACGCUGCCCGCGGAGCUCCUACAUUACAUAUUUUCCUGGCUGGACCCCACAGAUCUCGGCGCCCUGCCCCGUGUCUGCAAGGUGCUCAACGACUACGUCAAGGGCAACUGGAAGCUGUGCCAAGACGUAUACCUCAACCAUCUAGAUAAACCACACAACAGCAAUGACAUAGACUGGGAGCAGGCCCUGCAUGACUUUGCCCGGCUCCAGCUUAUAUGUCAACGCCCAGCGGCAUCAGACAAGGAGCCAGAGCUGGCAUUCGUCUACAAGACAGUCACAAACCUACUCUCACGCGCCUCCUCCCGCGGGUACACCAACGACAACUCCAACACGCACAGCGCCUCGCGCAACGCCGAUUUCCUGCGGCAGCUCUUUGCCGGCAGCGACUCGACGCGCGCAGCCUUUCUCGAGCGCUCUUUUCUGUUUGACCGCGUGCGCUGCGAGCGGCCGCUCCAGUUUCCUCACGCCCACGACGAUCAAAAUGGCAACAAAGGCGACGACGACGACGACGACGACGACAACGAGCAGACCAAGACUCACCAGCGCAGCGCGCAGCUCCACUGCCUCUACGGCACGCCCAUCCAAAACGUCGGCCGGCUGCGCUCCGAGCGCACCUACCCGUUUGCCUGCUCGACCGUCUACGACAUGCGCGGCCACACGGCGCGCACCCGCUGGGGCCCCUUUCGCGACGACGGCUCCGGCCGCGUCGACUGGGAAAAGGUCGAGGCCGUCAUGAUUGUCCUCGGCUACAACAUCCAGUCGAAGCGCUUCGUCGCCAAGCUCUUUAGCGACGUGUGGAGCACGCCGUUCUCGGGAUCGUGGGCGCAGAGCUACAUGCCGACGCCGACCCCGUCGCCGGCGCCGGAGCUGUCGUCGCUGGAGCUCAGCGAUCCGUACGGCAUCACGGGGACAUGGUACCGAGUGGUGUGCUUUCUCGACUACAACGACUUUUUCAACUACAACUUUCCCAUGGGCGAUCCGUUUCCCACAAACCUGCCGCGGCCAGGCAUCAGCGUCGGCGAGGCCACGCGGCUCAUCAUCCUGAAACUGCGCGUCACGCAUAUAGAACCGCCAGGGCCAGACGACGGGCAAGAACUCCCCGUCGUGCACUUUGCGGGCGACUCGAGGCUGCUGGACGAUGGCUGGGACGCCAACGCGUCCUCUGAACUAAAAGGCACGGUCCGCCUGACAAAAGAAGGCGAGGUGCGCUGGACGUCGUCCUCCCUCUACAACGGCGAGGAGCGCUGGAAGAGCGAGGGCGUCCAGGUCGGCGGCGUGCGCUCCGCCCGCGGCGUCGUCGGCUUCUGGUUCGACAGCGAGUACGACGCCCACGGGCCCGUCGGCCCGACCGCCAUCUGGAAGGCGAGCGACUCCGAGGCCCCCUACGGCCGCCUCGCCGACAUGCUGCCCACGGGCUUCCUGGCGUACAGCGCGCUCGUCUCCGUCGACGACUCGGACCCCGAGGGCGAGAUGGACUACUCGGCCGGCGAGGACCUUGAGGAGGAGGAGGAGCUCGAGGUGGACUAUGAGACGCUCAGGGGAGAGCUACCUGCGCUGCUGCUGGACGCGAACAUGAGCAUGGAGAUGCUGACGGCGGCGCCUCCGGGAGAGGACGACGUGUGA